AUGCGUCGAGCAGCUGUGCAAGCACUGCGGACUGCUCGACGAGGAUCUCUUCGCAAGUUACUCCUUGCCAAAAAUUACUCAUUCUUGAAUCAUCAAUCAAAAUAUCCUCGGCGACCAGGUGCAUUACUGCCCAGAAAUGCCCCCCUUCAAAUAGUUCAGUCCUCGAUCUUGUUUCGAAAUUUUUCGAUUGCUGCUGCCGUCUCCGUGGUAGCUUCUGGCGUCUGGUACUAUCAACGAGAACCAGGCCAAGACCAGCACCCAGCCUAUGGUCCUUCUUCACUCAACACCACACCCACCUCUUCCUUGUCACAGUAUCACACAGCUAGCGCAUCAUCUCCCAUACUAUCCCAGCCGUCGGAACGCACCACAGCUUCGAUCGAAACCCUUUCCAAUCCGUACACCUCAAUCGUCGUUGAUCAUGAGAACUUCUUCCUCACAGAUCUAGCGGAGGAGGUACCCUUGACAAAAAAGACCGAGGAAGAUGGAAACUAUCGAAUGGAGAAGCUGUCACCAGAACAAGCCACACAAAAGCUCCGUAAGUACGAGCAAUCGUACACGGUGGGAAGGGGACGAGGGGUUCUCCGGUACGAUAUCGUCAAAGUACCAAGCAACAACCCUAUAGAGGAUGAUCAUGCGGAGAAGAUAGUCGAAGUCCCUUCGUCCUUGACACCAACUAAAGAUGGAGCUUCAAGCAGCGAUUGGAUGUUCUGGGGCGUCUUUGACGGCCAUAGCGGCUGGACAACCUCUGCGAAGCUUCGGCAACGACUAAUCUCCUUCGUUGCCCGAGAGUUGAAUCCUGUCUACAAAUCUGCCGCGACCGACCCUUCUCUCACAGUCCCAACCCCGCAAUCUAUUGAUGAAGCUAUCAAGCGUGGCUUCCUCCUUCUUGACCGUGAUAUAGUCCACACAUCAGUUCAGAAAGCUCUAUCCUCCAAGACCAAGCUCGCCUCUACAGAACUUCUCGCUCCCGCCCUCUCAGGUGCUUGUGCUCUUCUCUCCUUCUACGACAGCUCCUCCAAUCUUUUCCGCACAGCCUGCACUGGUGAUUCCCGCGCUGUUUUGGGCCGAAAGGCCGCUUCAGGGAAAUGGACAGCCACACCUCUAUCCGAAGAUCAAACAGGAGGCACACCCUCAGAAAUCCUUCGACUUAGGCAAGAACACCCAGGUGAGCCAGAAGUCACCCUUAACGGCCGCAUUCUAGGGCAAUUGGAGCCGUCCAGAGCCUUUGGUGACGCCAGCUACAAAUGGCCCAAGAAAUUACAGGAACAGAUAAAAGCCAAAUUCUUUGGACGGACCCCUGCCUCACGACUGAAGUCACCACCAUACGUCACCGCUGAGCCUAUCAUCACGACUACAAAAAUCGAGCCCGAGAAUGGCGACUUCGUCGUCCUAGCAACCGACGGAUUAUGGGAGAUGCUCACCAACGAAGAAGCUGUGGGCCUAGUAGGACAAUGGCUCGAGAAACAACACCAGCAAAGCGACGGCUCCUCCAGUCCAAUUGCUUGGGCUAAAUCCUUCACCGCCAGUGCCGCAGACGCAGCUCUGCCCGUGGAACGACCACAAGUACUUGGAAAAGACGGCGAAGGCGGGCAAAGAGGGCCAAUCCGACAGGAACAAUAUGAUCUGAGAGAAAGCGACGAGCGAUUCGUAACAGAGGACAAGAAUGUCGCCACGCACCUCGUCAGGAACGCGCUUGGAGGAAAAGACAGAGAUCUGGUAUGCUCAUUGCUGAGCCUGAUCAGCCCUUACUCGAGACGGUAUAGAGACGAUCUCACAGUCGAGGUCAUUUUCUUCGGCGAAGGCGGCGAAAAGACCGGUAAUGUGGUUUUGAACCCUGAAGCCAGCAAUCCAGGAGCUGGACUGAAGGCGAAGCUGUGA